UCAGAAAAUCAAACAUCUGUAAAAAUAAACGGACAAGAUUAACCCAAGAAAAUGUAUAAAUAACCACACAAGUGUGUCAAUCCAUAAUAGUAGUUCUUUUGUUUAUGUUUUGAGCUGUUGUUAUUCUCAUUAUUGUGCUGUCUCUGUUUUCUCGAUUCUUUUACCGUUUCUUCCGACGUUUCUUUUUUCCUUCGCCUCCGCUUCUCCGCGGUAUUCGCCGUCGUUAGGAUGUCUUCCAUCGAAUCGCAGAUGGAGCCACUAACGUCGGGAGCUAGCAACCGGAUAAUUCCGCUUCUGAAAGCGUUUAGAGGCUCGCUUAUCUUUGUUUAUACUUUCUUUCUGUCGUUUCUUUUGUUCGUUGGACGAAACAGAAACAGGGUGGCGGUGCCGGGUUCUCCGAAGAGGAAUUUGAAGAAACGGUGGUUGGUUAGAGAAGAGGAGGAUACGUUUAGGAGAAGAGCGUUGGCGCAGGAUGUUGGAAUGGGUCGUGAUGACGGUUGUUGCCGGUGGAAUACUUCGAUUUUUUAUGGUGUUAGGAAUAACGCUUUGUUUUGUCGUUCUUGGUUUCCGGUUUUUGGUGAUCUUAAGGGUAUUAUGAUCAUCAUUCACGGGCUCAAUGAACACAGUGGAAGAUAUGCAGAAUUUGCUAGGCAGUUAACAUUGUGCAACUUUGGUGUCUAUGCAAUGGACUGGAUAGGUCAUGGAGGUAGUGAUGGAUUACAUGGUUAUGUUCCUUCUCUCGAUCACGUGGUUGCAGACACAGGAGCUUUCUUGGAAAGUAUUAAAUCAGAGAAUCCUGGGAUACCGUGCUUUCUCUUCGGUCACUCCACUGGAGGUGCUGUGGUGUUGAAAGCGGCAUCGCACCCUCAAAUUGAGGCGAUGGUGGAAGGAGUUAUAUUAACCUCACCAGCGCUGCGUGUGAAGCCUUCUCAUCCAAUAGUUGGUGCUGUUGCUCCAAUCUUUUCUCUGGUAGCUCCAAGGUUCCAAUUCAAAGGAGCAAACAAAAGGGGCAUUCCAGUUUCAAGGGAUCCAGCAGCCUUAGUGGCGAAAUACUCGGAUCCUCUAGUCUACACAGGACCUAUUAGAGUCCGAACUGGCCACGAAAUACUGCGAAUAUCAUCCUACUUAAUGCGAAACUUCAUGUCUGUGACAGUACCAUUCUUUGUCCUGCAUGGAACUGCUGAUAAAGUAACUGAUCCAUUGGCAUCACAAGACUUGUACAACAAGGCAGCUUCUGAGAUCAAAGACAUAAAGCUUUAUGAUGGCUUCUUGCAUGACCUUUUGUUUGAGCCGGAACGAGAAGAGAUAGCUCAGGACAUUAUCAACUGGAUGGAGAAGAGAUUAUGCAACAGUAUUUGAAAAUGUCAAUAAUGGAAGCUUGAAAGAAAAUUCAAAAAAAAAAAAAAUCGCCCCGAAGAGGGGGUGGCGGAAGCAGAUAGGUUUUUAUUUUAUUUUAUUUUAUUUAGGUGUUGGACAUAUAUUAAUAUGAAUAUUAUUUCUGUGGGGAUUGUUUGUUCAAUGAAGAAUGUGUAUAAUAUUUAAUUGAUUUUAAUUUCAGUGGUUUCUUCUUGACCCUUAA